AUGCCUUUGGGGCAAACGAUCGCUGUGAUUGACAAGUCCGGCCAAGUUGUGAGCACGAGUAAGCAACUAUUCGGCGUUUUCAGCCAGGCCAAGAAUGCCUAUCGCCAGCGCAAGUCCGCAUUUGAAUCAGAACGCAAUGCAAAGAUUGCAGAGCAACAAGCACUCGAGGGACUGGCGAACUAUCAGAUCGAUGACUCACGCACAGUAGCCUCUCGACGAAGCCAUGGCACCAGGUCAAGACAUCACGGCAGCCGGAGUCGGCGUGCUUCAUCUCACUAUGACGAUGGACAGACAGUGGUAUCGCGACGACAUUCUCACUAUGAGGCACCGCCGACAAUAGCUCGCCGCCACACCCAUGAUGUAACGGCCCGCGGCGAGGAUGUUCGCCCAUCGACCGCACGAUCUAGGUCGGAUGCACAUAUCGACAUGGAUCUUGCAUAUGGCGACGCCUCCCAUGCAGCCUUAUCGCGCUACAGUCCCCCAGAGCCCCAAGACGACCAAAAACAGCUUGACACUCUUGUCACCCGGGCACAGAUGCUCCUCGAAGAAGCACACUGUGUGCAUCAUGGCGCCACUGCCACCAUCGCCCAUCUGCAGCAGAACCCAGACGCCAUGGCCGCCGUCGCCCUCACGCUCGCGGAGAUCAGCAAGUUGGCGCGCAAGAUGGCACCCGCCGCAUUGACCACACUCAAGUCCGCCGCGCCCGUCGUCUUCUCCCUUCUUUCCAGUCCUCAAUUCCUCAUCGCUGCUGGAGUCGGCCUUGGUGUGACGGUGGUCAUGUUUGGUGGAUACAAGAUCAUCCAACGAAUCAAAGCCAACGCCAUCGGGGAAGAGGGCCAGCCGCGGGAGAUAGAGAUGGAGAUGGAAGAAAUGAUGGAGCUCAAUACGGAGGCUUUGACCUCGGUUGAGAUGUGGAGACGCGGUGUCGCUGACGAGCAGGCCCACAGCGUGGGAACCUCUGUCGAUGGCGAGUUCAUUACCCCCACUGCCGCCGCCAUGUCGGGCAUCGAUGUGACAACGGCUCGCGCGCGGCGAGAUCCCCGUUUCAAAUUCGAGGACGAGUCGGUCGCUUCGUCCCGUCGCUCCCGUCGCUCACGCACCACCCGAGCCCCAACGCACGCGCCAUCAGAACGAUCUGAGCGGAGAUCAAAGGCCCCGUCCGAGGCCAGUGGAUUCUUCGGGCGGAGUUCUUCCAGGUCUAAGGCGCCGUCGAAAGCCCCCAGCAGAGCGCCUAGCAGACCUCCCAGCGAAGGACGGAGCAAAGCCCCAAGUAGAGCCCCAAGCGGGACUCCUAGUCGACAUAGGAGCACCCGUUCCAAAGCUGGGACACAUUCCGAGGAGAAACGUCCCAAAGAGAAAAAGAAGGGUCCCAGCCGUCUUCGACUCAUGUUUACGUCUUCCUCUUGA